UAUCAUGUGUAACGCUACCCUUCCUGCUGCACAGAAGAGGGCAGUGACGGCGCAUGCGCAUUGUCAGGUGGUUUGCUUGGGUUGUGUUUACAGCUCGGCUGGAUGCUGUGGCUGGAAUUGCUAGAGAGUACAAUGUUGUGCCGAACGCCCAUGAAAUAACUAUCACGGUGGAAAAAGGUGAUUUUGCCCAUCCUCCUCCUCCACCUUCACCACCUCUUCUUCCUCCUCCUCCUCCUCCCUUCCGUCUCCAUCCCAUUCAUGAGCUGCAGUGCGGUGGCUGGCUUCAGCGGCAGGCAUGGAUGACAAGGGGUCGGUGGGGAAGAUCAGCCUCUCCUCAGACUCUGUGUCCACGCUCAACAGCGAGGACUUUGUCCUGGUGUCCCGGCUGGGCGACGACCACACACCCUCGUCGUCCACCAAUAACGGUAGCGAUGACGAGAAGCCCGGACUGAAGGUGAUUUCUGAGGAAGGGGUCAGCUUUAAGAUCGUGGGUAACGGCAGUGAGCAGCAGCUCCAGAAGGAACUGGAGGAUGUGCUGAUGGAGCCGUCGCUGGCCGGGGUCAUCGCCGCGGCGGUGGCAAAGCCCGCCACGGACCAGGCCGGAGGGGUCCAGUCCUCCGGGGACCGGGACCAGGCCAUCGGGGAUCAGGCCAGCAGGGACCAGGACCAGGCCGGCCCGGACCAGGCCAGCAGGGACCAGGCCAGCAGGGACCAGGACCAGGCCGGCCCGGACCAGGCCAGCGUGGACCAGGCCGGCGGGGACGAGCGAGGGCUCCCCAUGGCCGUGCUGCCUGGGAUGGAUCCGCUCAGUGCACCCCCGUCCACGGUGGACUUGGUGUUGCCCGUACAGGGGUCCCAGGAGAGCGAGCUCAACGAGCGGUCCUACAGGGCGGACGAGUCGUCCCCCGAGUCCGGCCCCGGGACCCCCUUCCCAGACGAGGACAGCGUGGUGUUCAGUCAGCUGACCUACCUGGGCUGCGCCUCGGUCAACGCGCCCCGCAGCGAGGUGGAGGCCCUGCGCAUGAUGAGCAUCCUGCGGGGCCAGUGCAACCUGCCCCUGGACGUGGUACUGUCCGUGCCAGGGGUCUCCGAGGGCACCGUCAGGUUGCUAGACCCCGUCACCAGCACAGAGAUCGCCAACUACCCGAUCUACAAGAUCCUGUUCUGCGUGCGCGGCCACGACGGCACCACGGAGAGCGACUGCUUCGCCUUCACCGAGAGCCACUUCAACUCUGAGAUCUUCAGGAUCCACGUCUUCCGCUGCCAGAUCCCAGAGGCGGUGAGCCGGAUACUGUACAGCUUCGCCACUGCUUUCCGACGGUCAGCCAAGAAGGCCAUGAUGUCAUCGCAGCAGGCCCCGCCCCUCACACCUGAAGGGGACCUGUUCACCUUCACGGUCAGCCUGGAGAUCAGGGAGGACGAUGGCAAGGGCACCUUCAGUGCCGUUGCCAAGGACAAAGACAAGCAAAGCUUCAAGCUGCGAGCCGGGAUGGACAAGAAGAUAGUGAUCUAUGUCCAGCAGACGUCAAACAAAGAGCUGGCCAUAGAACGGUGCUUUGGCCUACUGCUCAGCCCAGGGAAGAACGUGAAGAACAGCGACAUGCACCUGCUGGACCUGGAGUCCAUGGGCAAGAGCUCAGACGGGAAGUCGUACAUCAUCACAGGAAGCUGGCACCCCAACACUCCUCAAUUUCAGGCCGUGAACGAAGAAACGCCUAAAGAUAAGUUCAUGUACAUGACGACGGCGGUGGACCUGGUGAUCACGGAGGUGGAGGAGCCCGUCCGCUUCCUGCUGGAGAACCGGGUCCGGGUCUGUUCCCCCAACGACCGCCUCUACUGGCCCUUCAGCAAGCGCAGCUACACUGAGACCUUCUAUCUCAAACUACGACAGAUGGAGCGCAAGGAGCGCAAGAGCCCGGCCAGCGACACGCUGUACGAGGUGCUCAGCUUGGAGAGCGAGGCAGAGCGGGAGCGGAGGAAGACCACGGCCAGCCCCGGGGCCCUCACCACAGGGCCCGGGGGCUCCUCCCCGCCUGAGGACGAGGAGGAGGAAGAUAACGAUGAGCCACUGCUCAGCGGCUCCGGAGACGUUUCCAAAGAGUGCGCUGAGAAGAUCCUGGAGACCUGGGGGGACUUGCUCUCCAAAUGGCAUCUCAACCUAUCGGUACGUCCCAGACAGCUGCCUGCGCUGGUGCGCAGCGGCGUUCCAGAGGCCCUGCGAGGAGAGGUCUGGCAGCUCCUGGCGGGUUGCCAUAACAACGACCACCAGGUGGAAGAGUACCGAACCCUCAUCACCAAGGAGUCUCCUCAGGACAGUGCCAUAACGAGAGACAUCAACAGGACGUUCCCGGCCCACGACUACUUCAAAGACACCGGUGGAGACGGACAGGACUCUCUCUACAAGAUCUGCAAGGCCUACUCUGUCUAUGACGAGGAGAUCGGAUACUGCCAGGGACAGUCAUUCCUGGCUGCUGUGUUGCUGCUUCAUAUGCCAGAGGAGCAGGCCUUCAGUGUUCUGGUGAAGAUCAUGUUUGACUACGGCCUCCGGGACCUCUUCAAACAGAACUUUGAAGAUCUCCACUGCAAAUUCUUCCAGCUGGAGAGACUAAUGCAGGAGUACCUUCCGGACCUGUACAGCCACUUCCUGAACGUGGGUCUGGAGGCCCACAUGUACGCCUCCCAGUGGUUCCUCACCCUCUUCACAGCCAAGUUCCCGCUCUACAUGGUCUUCCACAUCAUCGACCUGCUGCUCUGUGAGGGCAUCAGCGUGAUCUUUAACGUGGCCCUGGCACUGCUCAAGACAUCUAAGGAUGACCUGAUCUCCACGGACUUUGAGGGGGCCCUCAAGUUCUUCCGGGUCCCUGUGCCCAAGCGGUACCGCUCCGAGGAGAAUGCCAAGAAGCUGAUGGAACUGGCCUGUGGCAUGAAGAUCAGCCAGAAGAAGCUGAAGAAGCAUGAGAAGGAGUACCAUACCAUCAAGGAGGAGCAGGAGCAACAGGAGGCUCCCAUCGAGAGAUACGAGCGAGAGAACCGCCGUCUCCAGGAGGCCAACAUGCGUCUGGAGCAGGAGAACGACGACCUGGCCCACGAGCUGGUCAGCAGCAAGAUCGCCCUGCGCAAGGACCUGGACAACGCCGAGGAGAAGGCUGAUGCCCUCAACAAGGAGCUGCUGAUGACCAAACAGAAGCUGGUGGACUCGGAGGACGAGAAGAGGCGACUAGAGGAGGAGUCAGCACAGCUGAAGGAGAUGUGCAGACGGGAGCUGGACAAGUCCGAGUCUGAGAUCAAGAAGAACGGCUCCAUCAUCGGGGAAUACAAGCAGAUCUGCUCCCAGCUCAGCGAGCGUCUGGAGAAGCAGCAGACCUCCAACCGCGGAGAGCUGGAUAAAAUCAAGGCCAGGGUGGACGGCUGUGAGAAGUGCAGCGUUCUGUUCAACAAGGAGGGCCGCGUGCGCCUGGCCACGGGGCCCCUGGGCGCCACGGGGCCCGAGGAGAGCGAGGAGAAGGAGGGCCUGAAGAGCCAGCUGAGGGAGAUGGAGCUGGAGCUGGCCCAGACCAAGCUGCAGCUGGUGGAGGCCGAGUGCAAGAUACAGGACCUGGAGCACCACCUGGGUCUGGCCAUGAAUGAAGUGCAGGCCGCCAAGAAGACCUGGUUCAACCGGACCCUCAGCUCCAUCAAGACGGUGACGGGCGCCCAGGGGGGCAAGGAGAACACCUAACUGACCCCGCCCACUCACCACCACCACCUCCACCGCUGCUAUCAGCAACGCCCCCCCCCCCUCCCCCCCAUAACUUGACUGCUACCCCCCCAGGAUGAUCUGGGGAUUUAAAAAACAAACUGUGUUAACACUACACCCCCUCCAAGCCUCCUAAUCCUCGUAAGCAGGCUGCGCCCCCCCCCCCCCCCCCCACCCCAGUAAGUCCAUUAUCCCAGCAGCCCCCGCUCACCAUGGGUUUAGGGUGCGUUUUGUUGGCGCUGCGCGUCCAGAUCUCCGUUGAACAAGAGGCUGGUGUGGAGAGAGAAGAGGCUUCUGUUGAUUUUAAUCUUUGUACUACUGAUAUUUAAACGCUGUGGAGGCGCGGGGGCUGGACACAGGCCGGCCGCAUGUGUCACCACCCCCUGCUUUAUGUUCAACUCCCCGGCACAAGCAAGCGUAGUCCCCCCCCCCCCCCCCCCCUGUUUGACAGAGAGGGGAGGGGUCUUUAGGUACAGAGCUGACACGAGAUGAGACGCCUUUUUCUGAACGGAGCUUUUUUUCUUUCUCAAACUUUUACGUUUAACAAAGUGUCACGAUUUUUUUAAUGUAUGUAUAAGAAUGUGCUGUUAGAAGAAGAAAAACACGGAUAUGUGCGUGGAUUGGUGUUCCGUUAAUGUUGAUUGUCGGGAUUGUGUAUUUGCUUGAGUGUACGUGUGUGAGUGUGUGUGAAAAUGUGUGUGUGUGUGUAUGUAUGUGAUUGGACUUGGAAGAUGUGCUUCAGUGACUGACUGAACAGCCAUGGAUGAGUAUGGCAUGUAAAUAUGAACAUAGCAGAGGGACAGAAUACAAAGAAAGCACUCAUUUAGCCUGCGCGCGUGUGCAUGCUUGUAAAAGGAACGUUUUAGAUUGUUUUCUAAUUGUCUGGGUUGCGCUGAUUAACCAGUGUGUGUAUACGAGUGAUGCUGGUGGCAGGGUGGGGCGUAUAGCAGAAGACAAUGACCAUGUGACGCACAGUGUGCCAGAGAGAGAGCAGUCUUGCCCAUCUCCCGUGGUAGUAAAUAACUUUAUUAAAUCUAAAUUCUCUAACGUUAAAAAUGCAUGAGGGUUUAUUGUCAGCAGCACCUGGACACAAAUAACUUGGAUAAGUGGAAACUUCAUGAGGACCUGGCUAACUGAAACCCUCGUAGAAUGAAUAUAUAUAUAUAUAUAUAUAUAUAUCUCCCCCACACACACAGUCCAGGCACGGCACAAAGACCAACGAGUGUUUGAAACCCUAUCCGUCACUAGAGACAAGGGUCAGACCGCUUGAUAUACGGCAAUACGCUCACACAUACACAAACAUGUACACAUACACAUGCAUGAACACACACACACACACACACCCACAGGUACUGGUAAUUCCAUCUGGCCGUUUGGGAGACAUGUUUAAACCACUCACCCUACAUCACUAUUCCAGCUCUCAUGUCUCCAGCUGCUCGCUGACCCCCCCUCCCCUCGACCUUUGACCUUGACAGAGGAGGUCAUGUUUGGAGGCUGUGUUUCGCUAGGGUAGCAGACAUAUUGUGUUAGCACGGUGUCAUGAGUUUGCCUCUACCAGCAUAUGGAGACCCACUUAUAUUUAGAAUAGAGUCAGACACAUAUCCAUAUACGUUGAAUACUUCUAUUAAAAGCACAGCAAAAACUAAAACGUGCGUUCUUCCAAGAGCCCUCACCCGAUCAAAAGCACAUUUCAUGAUCCAUGUCCACUGCCUUCCUGGACCCCAGUCCUACACUGAGUGGGUCGAUGCCCAGCGUUCUGAUUGGUCCAUCUGGCUUAGAGGGUUGCCGGGCAGGGUCACCGGGGGCCAUACAGGAGUUCGGACCAGGGUCACAGUGAAGCCAAUCCCGGGUGGAAUAGGGGUGGUUGACUGUGUGUAUGUUUGUAUGUUAUUGUGCUCCUUUUUGUCUUUAGGAAGGAAAGUGCAAAGCUUGAUGCUUCUAAAUCAUUAUCACUCAUCCCGUUAACACUUUUCUGUCAACGCUGAGACGUUAAGGAAGGAUUUAGUGUGUCUGACAACGUGAAGAGAACUGGUGAAUCGUGAGCUGAAUGUAGUUUGAAGGUGGAGCGAUCAGUGGGUGUGAAACAUACCCAUGAUGCAACGGGGAAAGGCCAAAUAACAACAAAGGGGUUCAGUCCUCUAACCACUGAGUUGUAAAUAACAUAUAAACCAUAAGUGAAUAAAUCUGGGGGUUUGUUUCAUGUUUUUUCUAUUUUAUAACUAACGUUGCCUACUUGUACCUUACCUACCUGCUGUGAUACAGUUGACUUCACUAUGUUUUUACUUGUUUCCUUUAUUUCGCUCCGAGCUUGGAUCAAACUGCUGUUUGUUAAUUUGUUACUGACAUGCCCAAAACGUAGCUUUGUCAUUGGACGAAAACAAGGAACAUUAUCAGUGUGUGGACAUUGUAAUAGUGUAGGUUGCAUUGUGUAUACUUCAUGACUUUCAUCAUAAAGAUCUGAACACGGA